AUGGCUCCCGCCUCCCAGUCCCCAGACGAAGGCCGUGCCUCCGAAGGUGAGGAGGAUGGUGCACCUCUGCAUCCGGAUGACGCGGCUAUUGUAGCAAGCUUGGACGAACAGAUGGUGCUGCAACGAAAGAAUUUGGCAGAAUUGAGGCAAUUUAUAGAGAGCUAUUCAGGUCCCCUCGACGAGGAAGCUGAUGAGCCCGCAGGCCAAGCGAUAGGCUCGUCGGCAGGUCUCGCCGCUUCUAGUUACGACCUCCACGACCCAAUCCAAUACCAUGGCCAAGUAGAACUUCUUCAACAAAAGAUAUACGAAGCUAUUGAGAGAGCAGGCGCAGCACCUGAGGGCAAUGGGUUUACAGCAGGCCUGGAUGCCGUUUCUCCCUCCUCGAUGAAACCCCCCAAGAAAGCACGCCGCCCAUCACCAGGAGUCACUCACGGCACUCAGUCCAAAGGCAAGAAAACUGCCAACCAGGCGACCCAGCCAGGGCUACCAGCUGCCUUUACGCAUCCCAUUGAUGCAUCCUAUAAAAAGCCCAUCAUGUUUCACCGAGUUACUUGCGAUGACUUGGACCCCAAGUGCCACCAACGUUUGUAUCUUGAUUCACCCAAGUACAAUCGAGGUCACCUCACGGGCGAUAAAGCGGUUUCAGAUGUGGACCAGUUCCUGAAGCAGCGUGAAAACCCGCCGUUUGCCUUGUAUCGCUCAUUUCAAUGCUCCGGCAGCGGGUUUGCAACGAUGACUCAAAACAUGAGUUCAGAAUACACCGACGAGGUGGUUUCCAUCAUCAACAAGGACCUCCUUUCCAUAAUCAAGCGGCUCUCCAAGUUCACCAUCGACCUUCCUGACGGCAACAAUGCGAAAUCAGAGCGAGACAAUUUCCACAGAGAUAAUUUGCAUAUAAUAACUGCAUCUUAUACUCACUAUUUCUUCUAUCAUCACAGGAGAGAAAUCUACUCCAAGGCGGCUGGGUCUCCGGACGGCAGUCCAAUCAAGCUUCUAGCUCAGUGGUUACAAAGUGGCCCUACCCCCAUGUACGCCGAAUGUGACAACUUGUUCUCAAAGCAUUUGGUAUCCGCCAAGACUGUGUGCUGGCUCUUCCCUAUCGACGGUCUUUGCAUAGUUGAAAAAGAUCAUCGAAAACUUGGGUAUGUAGUGGAUCGUGUUGGUGUGGAUAGGGGAGGGGUGAUACUGUCAGUCUGGAACUGGGGAUUCAACGGCCAAUACCUGUUUCGUAUGUAUACGAUGCUCAGAUUGAAGAACCCGGCAAUGACGAGUAGGGCAAGCAUGAAAAUCGAAGACCUUGGAAUGUACCCACUCGGAUACGGCCCAGAAGAUAUAAGCCAACACCUGCUACAGAAUGGCGCCAAAUUCUUGAAGUUGAAGGACCAGGGAUUCCAUGCCUAUGAAGGGUGGGAUUACAAUAGGGAGACAUAUUAUACAACAGACUCCCGAUGGAUGAUUGACUACGACCUGUGGCUCGAAGGUGAGGGUCGCGAUGAGUACGCCAAAUACCCAAAAGUGCCUCGCAAGAUGGAGUAUGAUAAAUGGGGAGACGAUCUUCCGGCCUCCCUUGAGCCAACCGCGAUUCAGCAAAUGGUACUCCCACAUGGUAUCCAUGCGUACAACUUGAAGGAGUUGAAGUGGAUGUAUCUAUCGUUGGACCAGAUCCGACCGGUUACCUGGAACAAGGAUGCAUUCAAUCGACUUAUACUCCCACAACGGACGAAAACCAUGCUCAAGGCGCUCGUGAUGACGAAGAAACCGGCAGCCAAGCCGCCUGGUUCUACCGAAACCCCGCAAGACAGAGCCAAUUUUCUCGUCUCACGAAACGGAAGGCCCUUGAUUAUGCAUUUCCACGGCGGUCCUGGAACAGGAAAGAGUUUUGCUGCUGCAGAAAUUGCCGAGAUGCCAAUUUUCCGCGUCACUUGCGGAUUGAUGGGGCUCACCUACGAGGCAACGGGCGAAGCUAUUGUCCGCUCUCUUCGUUUGGCCCAAAAAUGGAAAUCCAUUGUGGUAUUUGACGGCCUCGAUAUAUUUAUUGAAAAGGGACCCGGAUUGGAUCUCAAAGACAGUCGUCCCCCGUCAGCGUUUUUUGAAUACAUAGCAAAUCACGACGGCAUCGUCAUAUUGACAUCCAGCGAUGCUCAACGCAUUGACGAGAGAUAUACGUCCCGCUGCCAAGUCACCGUGUCUUUCCCACCAUUGGACAAAUCCGCUAGACGAAGCGUAUGGAAACAGUGCCUCGACCAACUGCGGGCAGAAAGUGCAAGUUCCGUUGCACAAGGAAUUCAAUCGCACCUCGCUGCUCUAUCGUGCUAUCAACUUAACGGAAAGCAGAUACAUCACGCAGUUACAUCCGCCCGGCAGAUGGCCCUUUUUGAGAAGUCGAAGCUAGAAUUUAGACACCUCAAGGACGCCAUAGAGGUGGCGACUGAUUCUGACCGUCAAUCGGAGUGA